CAUCACUACAACUCCCAUGAUCGCACGCGACAUAAAUAAACUACAAACCAACACGUUUGAGCUGAUGCGCAUGUGUGGUAGGUGCGGAGCAUCGGCGAGUGCGCGGCGCAUGCGCGGCCGACCGAGAGGACUUUAAAUGUUGUGAAGAUGUCAGCGGGAAAGGUUCGGCGAGAUUAUGAAGCUUUGUUUAAGGCCAAGAGAAAGAAGAGGCGCGAGAAGGAGAAAGAGGAGAAGAACGUGGAGCUCCAUCAUCACCUGCCGCCUUCCGCCGCUGACUUCAGCCACCUGCUCCUGCUCCGCGGCUCUGGAAACCAAGUGACAGGGCCUGCGCAGCUUCUGUCUCAGCUGCGGACCAUACCUGAGUCGCCGGCCAAGACACGGCCGUUGCCGAGCGACCGAGCCGCCGCCUCCGCGCUCACCAAGCCCCGGCAUCGCUCGACCGAGGCCCCCCGCUGGAGAGACCAGGCACUGCGGCUGAAGGAGGGCAACUCCAACACGGAACUCACCAAGCUCAAGUCCAAUGAGGAGAACCUCAGGGGUCGCUCCCUGGAAGAGUUCAUCCUGAAGAAGAAGAAGAAGAAAAAGAAGAGGCACCAACCGGAGCGGCACCACAAAUGUGUUCAGACAGAUUGUUCUGGACCUGACAUCUGCUCAGAUCCCUCCGGGUGCUCUCCCCGACCAGGACACGACCUGUCCGGUCUGGAUCACGGCGUCCGCAGGUGCAGCCUUCAGACCGGCUCGCGCUUCAGUCACCUCAUCUGUGAGGAGAAGCAGGCCAACGGCGGCGGGUCGGUGCUCCACGCCUACGCCGACCAGCUGGCCAGCCUCCGUCUGGGGGAGGUGGACCUCUUUGCCCGGGAGUUUCUGGAGCUCACCUUCUCCGAGGAGACCAACGGGGCCUCGCCGUAUGCACUGGCUGUGGUCCACGGCGCUGCCGCCUACCUGCCGGACUUCCUGGACUACUUUGUCUUCAGUUUCCCCAACACGCCCGUCAAGGUAGAGCUGCUGGGCAAGAAGGACAUCGAGACCACCACCAUCUCCAACUUUCACUCCCAGGUGUGCAGGACCUACUGCUGCGGGACGUACCGGGCCGGGCCCAUGAGGCAGAUCAGCCUGGUGGGCGCCGUGGAUGAAGAGGUGGGCGACUACUUCCCGGAGUUCCUAGACAUGCUGGAGGAGUCGCCCUUUCUGAAGAUGACCCUGCCGUGGGGAAGUCUGUCCAGUCUGAAGCUGGACUGCCGAUCUCAGAGCGACGAUGGGCCCAUCAUGUGGGUGCGACCCGGCGAGCAGAUGAUCCCCACCGCCGACAUGCCGCAGGCGCUGUUCAGACGGAGGAGGUCCAUGAACUCCAUCAAGAAUCUGCACUUCCUUCCAAGAACCAGCGAGCCUCGAGAGGUUCUGUUCGAGGACCGGACUAAGGCUCACGCCGACCACGUGGGUCAGAGCUUCGACUGGCAGAGCACCGCGGCCGUCGGCGUGCUCAAGGCCGUGCACUUUGGAGAGUGGAACAACCGUCCUCGUGUCACCAAAGACGUGGUCUGUUUCCACGCCGGAGACUUCCAGAAGGUGGUGGAGAAGCUGCAGCUGGACCUGUAUGAGCCGCCCACAGCCCAGUGCGUCCAGUGGGUGGACGACGCCAAACUCAACCAGCUGCGGCGCGACGGCGUGCGCUAUGUGCGAGUGCAGCUCUGCCACGACGACAUCUACUUCAUCCCGAGGAACGUGGUCCAUCAGUUCAAGACGGUGUCGGCCGUCUGCAGCCUGGCGUGGCACAUCCGCCUCAAACAGUACCACCCGCCAGCCGGUGACGCAGUCGCCCCCUGGCUGCCGCAGGAGCCCAGUGCCACCGUCCCAGUGGAGCAGCUCGCAUCCAGCUUCAAACCAACGUAGCUCGCCCACUGGAAACAUCCAUCUGUUCAAAGAAUCUUCAAGUUUGUAUUGAUAUUUUUGAGGAUGAAAAAACAACAACCGAUUUCUGAUCUCACAGAGGAGGUAAGUCGAGGAAUGACUAAAUUAAAAUGGGCUGAAAAGGUUUCCGCUGCUGAGAUGUGGAAGUGAGCGUGCCAUACCUGGGAGAGAAACCAGCAAAUAUAACUUGUUUAUUUAUUUAUUUCUUUUUUGUCUUUUCAUUGCUAGGUGUAACUUUGAGUUACAGAUGUAACGUUUUUCUAAGUCCACCUCAACCUCCAAGUCUCUGGUAGUGUUGCUUACGCUUUGCUGUAGGAAGAAAAAUGUUUGUAUAUUCAAAUGACUCUUGACAUUUUCAACUUUUUAUCAAUGCCAGCUGUUUUGGAUGAGAACAACGUUUAGCAAUAAAUGACUCUUGGGUUUGAAGCCAAUGUAUUUUUAUUUUUCUCAAAAUCCAGGGUGGAGAGGUCGACGCUUGUGAAGCAGCGAAAAUGAAUGUUUGUGCUUCUGAGGUUUGUUCUCAGCAGAACGCAUCACAAUAGUUUUGCAUGAAAGGAAUU